AGUUAGCUACGUUAUUCCAAGGCAAUGAUAUAUUUAGAAAAAAUGACUUAGAAUUAGAAAACAAAAUGAUGAAAAUAUUCCUGAUCAUAUUCAUUUUUGAAUGUGCCCUCGGUGAUGAAGAGAGUUACGAGAAAUUUAUCGAUCUAUUACCCGAGGAGGAAAAGCGAGAAUUUUUGGAUCGGGUUGCGAGAAGGAUUCUAGAAGAAAUAAAUACUGAUAAUGUACCCGAUAAAUCACAGGUUGAAAUCCCUGAUGAUCAACUUGAAGUUCACGAUGCGUACGUAAAAGACAUUCUAAAAGAAGAAACGGAUCGUUUAAAAGAUGAAAAGAAAAUAGGAGAUUCUGUGAGAAUGGAGGAACCUAGUGAUGAUGGUGAUAAUGGUGAUGAUAAUAAUAGGCAUAUAGAUUUGACUUUACGCACUGGAAAGAGAUCAAAGAGAAAAAAUGUAGAUCAUGAAUUGGAAACUACAAUUGAAAUGCCUUUUAAUGUUAUCCCAGUUGAAGAUGUUCAUGAUAAUGAAACAAACGUUGAAGCUUCAAACGAAGAAUUAAAAGAAAAAUCUAUUACAAUACGAGAAACUAAUUUUACAAGCAAUAAUAAUAAAAAUGAAAGUGAUUUAUCCCUUUUCUUAGUUCGAGAAGAUUUACCGCAAACUUUAAAUAGCAAUCUACGAAAAACAUUUCUAACUGAUAAUAUUGAUACAGAAACAUCAACAAAUGAUACAAAAUUUGAUAAUAAUAGUUUAGCAAAAGAAGAUUUAAAUAUGAAUAGUGAAAUAACUAUGUUAUCAUCUAAAAAAGAAAUAGAUAAAACAACGAGUGAGUAUAUUAAAAAAGAUGAACCUAGUGACAAUGAAAGAGAUGAUUUCGAAGAAGAAGUAAGAACAGAUGCAUCCGCAACUGUUGGUAGCAAUAUUUCAACUACAGCAUUUACGAUACACACAAUUAUUUCAAACGAAAAAACAAAUUCGAGUGACUUUAAAACUGUUACCGUCCAGCAAAUGGAAACAGAAAACACUUCUGAAAUCUUCAAUCAUCCAUUUCAAAGAAUGGGGGCGUUAAAUAUUAAUGAAAAUGUAUCUAACGUCGUUGAUACAACUACGAUCAACAUUGAUGAUCUUAAAAUUGAUAGUUCAAUUCAAUUAACUACAUCGCCAAACGACAUUUCUAAAGUAAACCAUUCUGAUAAUAUUACAAAGAUUCUUAAAAUUACUAAUAAUGAAGAAACUCAAGCUACAAAUAGUAUUUUAAAUUCCACUUCAGUAAGAAAAACUGAGGACGUUGAAAGUGCUGACCUAAUAAAUGAAGAGAAUAAUUCGAAUUAUAAGAUUGAAGAUCCUAAGACAAGAUUACGUUCAGGAUCAGAAGACAUAGAAGAUUCAAAGGAAGAUAACAAGGUAUUGAUAAAAAAAUUACACAAUAAAACUGGAUUAGGAAACGAAUAUGAAGUAUACGAAAUUGCUCCAGAAAAAACCCCAUUUACAUUGAUAAAUAAUGUUAAAAUAAAUGAACAGCAACACUAUGUACCGAUAUACGAAUAUGCUCCUGAAAAAGCUUAUUUCAGACCAUAUGAUAGAUUUGGGCCAAACAUUGAAAGUGUUGAACAAGAAUAUAUACAAAAUUAUAAUAACAUUCGAGAUAAUAUAGACGAAGAGAAUACUCAUGAAUUUAUUGUACCAAAUAAACGAAGUCGAUUUGCAAGCUAUAAUAAGAAUAAUCAUAGGCCAUAUAAAAUACAAAACAAUAAUUUUCCAAAUAAUAAAGGAAAUUCUAAAAUCUAUGGUUUCAUGAAACCUGUAAAUUAUUUAAAUCAAAAAAUGUAUUACAAUCCAUACGAUUAUUUUGAUCUGGAUUACAACAAUCGUUAUAAUGGUAGAUCGUUUUUAAGAAAGAGCAAAUAUCGAUCGAAAUACAAGCCAUUUCCUAAUUCAGAUGAACAGGAUCAUCCUUAUAAUUCAAUAUACAAAAGUAAAACAUUAAAAGAUCACGUCGGUGCUAUCAGAAAUAUAUUAUACCUUCAGCAAGUGUUCGGUUAUGUGCCAACGAUAGAUAGGGAGAACCGCAAAUUUGAUGAACGAUCUAAGAAAAAUAGAUAUGAAUACUUUUUCGAAAAUCCUCGAAGCGAUGACAUUGGUAUAGAUUACUAUUACGAUAGAGAUAUAACGAAAAGUACAGAAAAAUCAAUCAGAGGAAACAUAUCCAAAUUCAAAUUAUUUAAAAAACUAAAAAAUAAAGAACCAAUUAGAAAUUUGCAAACAAAUAUAAAUUCUAUCAAUCAAAAACAAACUUCGGGCUUGAGUAGUAAUGAAAAUGCAAAUAAAUUAAACGAUAUACUAGAAGAUGAAAACAAAUUUAGUUCAUUUUUCGAUGCACUUUUGAAUGUAACAGAAGAUAACAUAAGAUUUGAUAAUGAGGGUUUACAACAUUAUGAUUGGUUGAAAACAUCAGUAGAUAUUCAAUCAGCAGUAAGAAAGUUGUUGAAAUUAGCAGAAAGUCUACAAUACGCUGAACAUAUACAUCCCAAAGAUCUUGAACUUUUGAAAUACAGCUUGUAUCAAUUUAAAUCAUCCCAAGUGAUAUUACGAGAUGGCCCAAAAAAGAGUUUUGGUAGAAAUGUUAAAAAACGAAAACAAAAGACAGGUAUCCUGCCCAAAGGUAACAGAAACCGAAACAGAAUCAAACAGCCCUUGAAACUUUGGAAAGAUUUCGCGAAGUAUUUAAGAACUGCUAAUAACGAUGGCAGUGAACAAAAAAUGACUCUUUUGUAUGAUUUUGAAGAUUUCCUUCAAAAAGUACUUUAUUAUUUGAACGAGUUCCACGAUGCUGUUAAACACGUAGCAAUUGUGACGAGGUUCCAAGACCAAAAUUGGUUUUAUGACCUUAAACAGAUAUUCUUCAAAAAUGCCACGAGAAAAGAACUCGGACAGGUGAUACUACAUCUGAGCCUGGUUAAUCUUCUGGAUCGCGUCGAGGAAGACGCUGUUAAUGGAUCAGAAAUCAAUUUUAGGGAAUUCGUGGAGAAUAACUCGAGAGCUGUUAAUAACACUAGGAAGGAAUUUAUAUUCGUUUUGCGUAUUUUAAAAGAAUUAAGUAGAUUAAAUGUUUAUUAAUAUAUUUUGUUUUAAUAUGU